CGCGAGCUAAUCCGGCUAACAGCUAACGGCUAACGGCUUGCUAGUGGCGCUAUGAUGGCGGAGCUGGUGCAGGGACAGGCCUCGAUGAACCAGCCGGGGCUGAAGUCAGAGGGCCUGGCCGAUGUUUUGCAGCGGGCCCGGCAGAUGGUGGGCAAGCUGGGCGGAGAAGGGAUGUCUCACCUCAACAGCUCCUCAGUAAGUGUCGAGCCCUCGCUGUACUACCCGGGCCAGAAACGACCAGGAGAGGAUGGAGUAGGUAACCAGCUAGCAGCCAUGGGGCAUCAAAGGGUAAUCACAGAGGAUUACAAGGUCCCUGACAGGAUGGUGGGCUUCAUUAUUGGCAGGGGAGGAGAACAGAUCACCAGGAUCCAGUUGGAGUCGGGCUGUAAGAUCCAGAUCGCUCCCGAAGGCGGGGGUCUGAUGGAGCGGCCGUGUUCUCUGACGGGGACUCCGGAGAGCAUCGAGCAGGCGAAGCGGCUGCUGGCCCAGAUCGUGGACCGCUGCAGAAACGGUCCGGGUUUCCAUGGCGAUGGAGAGGGCGGGGCCUCGGUGCAGGAAAUGCUGAUCCCAGCCAGCAAGGUGGGGCUGGUGAUUGGCCGAGGAGGAGACACCAUCAAACAGCUGCAGGAGCGAGCUGGAGUGAAGAUGAUGAUGAUCCAGGACGGCCCGAUGCCAACGGGGGCCGACAAACCCCUGCGCAUCUCCGGAGACCCGUACAAAGUGCAGGCAGCGAGGGAGCUGGUGUUGGAGGUGAUCCGGGAGAAGGACGGAGACUUCAGAUCGGGUCGCAGUGACUUCGGCGCCCGACUGGGAGGAACCAGCCUGGAUGUGGAGAAACCAUCAAGAGCAUUAACCAGCAGUCUGGAGCUCACGUGGAGCUGCAGAGGAACCCCCCACCCUCCACUGACCCCAACACCCGGGUCUUUACCAUCAGAGGCACCGCCCAGCAGAUGGACCUGGCUCGCCAGCUAAUAGAUGACAAGAUCGGGGGUUCGGGUAUCAUGAGUAACGGAGGGUUCGGCUUCAGCCCCUUCACCCAGGGUCCCGCUGCACACCAGAACUGUGGGAGUGGGCAGACCUUCCUGACCGGUGUCUGGGGAAACACCUACCAGACCAGCUGGCAGAACCCAGGACAGCAAGACCCAGGUCACAGUAUGGCUCAGACAGGACAGAUGGACUACUCUAAAGCAUGGGAGCAGUACUAUAAGAAGCUAGGUCAGCAGAACCAGCCUCAGAGCUUGAUGACAGACUACAGUAAGGCCUGGGAGGACUACUACAAGAAACAGACUCAGUCGUCUCAGCAGAGUUCGGUGCCAGACUACACUGCAGCAUUAGCAGAAUACUACAGACAGCAGCAGCAGCCCUACCUGUGGAACCCCGCCCAGAUACAGGAUCACUAGAGGCUCCUCCCUCACCGGCGAAGGCCUCGGAUGGUUGUCGAUGGCGUCCGAAUCGGGGUUUCCUAGCAACGCUCUGCCGCUUCCUCCUCCUUUUGUAGAGAAAAACUAAGGAUUAACUGAAAAAUCACGAACUUUCUUUCUGUUUUUUAACCUUACAAAGUCGAUAUUUUGUCAGGCAGAUGUUUUUGGACUAGCCUCCGGUCUCCCGCGGUGUAGACCUGGUUUUUCUUUGUUUUUAUUUUUUAUCAAACUUGAAUUUCAAGAUGUAUCCGUGUGGCUUUGAACAAAACGAAAUCCAGUAUAAUCUAUAUUUUGUCUAGUUUUAUUUUCCAAUAAGAAAACGGUAUAAGGCUUAGCAGUCUUGAGUAUGAAAAUCAGAUAUUACUAUUAUUAUUAUCAUUGUUUUGGUUAUGAUAAUGUUUUAAAGCAUGCGUCAGGCUGUGUGUUGACUCAGUUUGUUUUUUAUUUUGGCAUCAAACCGUUUUAAUGACAUCGGAUGGAAAUGUAAAGUUUUUGUACUAAAUCUGCUCGCUGGGUCUGUUUCUCCUAAUUUUACCUGUUCAGUCGCCAACUUGGAGGUGCAAUGAUGCAUUACUGUUUUCUUUUGGUUUGACCAUAGCUCUUAUUCUUGUAUCUUUAUAGUGAUUUCUUUAGGUUUUUAUGAUGUAACAAUGAAUAAAUAGCGACUUGUAUUGCGUUGUCUAAAGCCAGAUCUCUCUGUGGUCUAACGCUUUGUAUUCUCACACGAUUUAACCUCCAGUCACCGCCACGUUUUCCUGCCUCCGCUUUUAUGACCGAGUCUGGGAAGAUAAGUUUUCUUUGAGUGAACUUUAUUAUUGUUGUUGUUGGUCGCAUUUCUAUUUUCUGAUUUGUUUUUAGAGGAAAUUUCAGGAGCUGAUCAAUGAAGUUAUCGAUUCCGUGUUAGCUAAACAAACGUGUGUGUUACCUCAGCUGUGUGAAUGUUUCUGCUAGCUGUGCUUCGUUAGCUAAGUGGUGCCUGUUAGCUGAAUGUAAGUAAAUGGAAAUGCUGUCCGAGCGCUACGUUAGCUGCUGUGGGGUUGUUUGUUUUUUUUCUAUGCGCACGUUACAAAGGCUAGCUGAAUGAAUGUGCUAACUGAACACCGUGCUUGUCUGUUGUGUGUUAACCAGGUGUCGGGUAGGUCUACAAAACCACGUUCCCAAAAUUGUUCUCAAGAUCAUUUAUGCCUAAGGUCACAUGUUCCCAAAGUUGCUUCCCAGUUUCCAGGUUCCUAAGUUCUCAGGCUUCUUUGUUCCAAGGUUAUAUGUUCCCAUUUUUGUUCCCUAGGUGCUUUAUGGUUAAGCUAACCUCUAAGCCUCGUUUCCAUCUCAGGAAGCGCUAAGCUUAUUUCAAGUUCCCUGACAUGUCGGGCAGUCUAACUAAAAGCCAUACGGGGAACAGAAAAUCCCUUUCACAGGUUCCAGCAGUCGUCACGUUGUGUGGCUAACGACUUACAUUACGUAUAGCUGUGGGGAACGUAGCAGUAGUGACUGUUUGGGAACUUGGUGUUACUCUGCGCUCGUGACGUGUUGCACAGACUGUAAAUAACGACCAAUAACAUUUAACCUGAUGCAGAUCGUGGAGAUUUUGUAAACAUUUUAGAGGAAAAGUAUAUUAGAGAAGUAGAGCUGUACGGGAUAAUGUCUGAACGUGGAAGCAUGAGCUCUCACACUGUUACUGCUAAAUGGUGUAAUCUGAUGUGUUAGCAAAAGGCCAAAAACAGCGUUUCUAGGCUGAACGUCCAUCUGUCUCAUUCAACCGCAUGACUAGCAUGAACGAGUGACUCGGUAAAUACGACUUUAAUGUUCGUUAGCCAAACAAACUAGCCGGCUGCUGUACAUUAGCUGUAUGUUCUGUUUAUAUUAGGGCUGGUUUACACUUCAAAAUAAAUGUACAAUUGUUUUGUUGCUGUUUUAUACUUGCACAGAUUGUAAAUGUGUUUUUUUGUUUGUUUGUUUUUCAAACGCAGCCGGACUUUGAAUCUACUGAUUAGUUUCUUUAGCGUUAACAUGCAGUUAGCAAUAAAAUUGUUUUGUGCAUAAAUUCACAUUCAUUGAUACUUUUUAAAAACGUGCUCAUCUGUACAUGUGCUACACUUAGCGUUAGCACUGUUUGUUAGCUGAUCAUUUUUGCCUACUAGCAAAACCUUGUUAGUUGAACGUUAUCAGCUAAGCAAGUGGUAAGAAUUUAAUCUGUGUGUUAGCUGAACGUUUAGCUCAACUUUGCGUGCGUGUUAGCGUAUGUAUGCUAGCGCUGUGUGCUGUUAUAAGUUUUGUUUGUUAGCUGAGCGUUUAAUGAAAAUGUGUGCGUUUUUGCUCAUUUUGUGCGUCGGCUCGGCGCUGUGUGCGUGUUGGCAGAGCAGUUCUCUGAACGUUGUGCGUGUCGGACCACAGAGAGGUUUGUCUUGUCGAGGGAGAUCUGGUUGUCGUUGAAUCAGUGCUUCUGCUUCGUGUAUGUGUGAUGAUGAUGAUGCUGAUAAUAAUGACGAUAAUAAUGAGUUCUCCUGUUCAGGGGUCUAUUUAAAUCUGUUAUGAAUAUUCAUUUUGUCGAUGUGAUGAUAUGGUUUGUGUAAAUUUCCACUCUGGCGGGUGCUCUCCAGUUAAAAUGUACUUUGUUAAAGAUGAUAUUGUUUAAUUCACGUGUCGUGUCUAACCGAAGCUGAAUAUGUGUUAUAUUCUCAAGACUGCUAGGCUAACUGUCUCUCUCUCUCCUCUCCUGUUCCCGUCUGGACGCCGCCACCUUCAACACGCCUGUAAUUGGACCAGACGAGCUGAGCGUUGUCGUCGCAGGCGUGUUGAAGUCCCGCAGCUCGUUGUUGUGGCCCCUCCGAGGCGUGGGGAGCUAUAGUGAAGGGGGUAAAUCCCCCCCCCCCCCCCCGGAGUUGUUAACGGUGGAGCGGACGCCGGCCUGGUGUCCGGUUCUCGCAGCGUCUCAGGACCUGAACCGGACACGACGCUCGCUCCACUCUAGCCUAGAACUUCCCAGUCCCGAUCCCGGUCCUGAAGGGGGGACGGGGAGCUUUUUGGUUUUAUGGUUUCUGUUGUUUUUCUAAUGGACAGACGUCCUAACUGUAACCUGCAGAUUUUUCUAUUAGAUUCUAUUGACAGAUAGAGUUGUGUAUGAACCCGAGCCACGAGACUGUCGGUGGUCGAGGAUGAUGAUUAACAUGAGGGUUAAUAAAUGGGCUCAUUCUUUC